CUUCUCUCCACUGGAAUGACUUGGGAUCACCUUGACUUUUCUUCAAAGUAAUACCUAUUACUUUGACUAUUUUUAUUUUAUUUCUUUUGAUCUAUACCCCCUUUCCCAAUCCAUAGCUACUCAAAGCCCUAAAGACAUAUUUUUUGGAAAUGUUGGCUGUCCACCUCAUUUCGUUUUUCUUCACAAAGCUCAAAGAAGAUCAGAUCAAAAAGGUUGACCGGUUUUUGUAUCACAUGCGCCUAUCAGAUGAAACAUUAUUCGAUAUCAUGACUCGCUUCCAAGCAGAGAUGGAAAAAGGCCUGAAGAGGGACACAAAUCCAACGGCAUCUGUCAAAAUGUUGCCAACGCAUGUCAGGACGACUCCUGACGGCUCUGAAAAGGGAGACUUCCUAGCUCUUGACCUUGGGGGCUCCAAAUUCAGAGUUUUGAGGGUGAAGGUGUCUGAAGAUGGACAGCAAACGGUGCAGAUGGACAGCCAAUUCUACCCAAUGCCUACCGAGAUAAGAACAGGAAACGGGGCAGAACUUUUCGACUAUGUUACCGACUGUCUGGGUGAUUUCAUGAAGAAAAGACAGAUAACUGAGAAACUUCCUCUUGGAUUCACAUUUUCAUUUCCCUGUAAGCAGAACAAACUUGACGAGGCGGUCUUAGUUUCGUGGUCCAAAGACUUUAAAAUCAGAGGAGUUCAAGAAAAUGAUGUGGUCAACUCACUGCGGAAAUCUCUGCAGAAGAAAAAGGGUACAAAUGUGGAUGUCCUGGCUCUGGUGAAUGACACAGUGGGAACCAUGUUGACCUGUGCAUAUGAUGACCAGCUGUGCGAAGUUGGAGUCAUUGUUGGCACUGGUUCCAAUGCCUGUUAUAUGGAGAACCUAAGUAAUAUUGAUCUGGUCGAAGGCGAUGAGGGCAGAAUGUGUAUCAACACAGAAUGGGGAGCUUUUGGAGAUGAUGGUGUUUUGGAUGACAUAAGAACAGCGUUUGACAAAGAAAUUGAUCUAGGAUCCAUUAAUCCUGGAAAGCAACUGUUUGAGAAAAUGAUCAGUGGUUUGUACAUGGGAGAGCUUGUGCGACUUAUUCUCUUGAAGAUGGCAAAGAGAGGACUACUGUUUGGUGGCUCGAUAUCUACAGCUCUACGAACGAAGGGAAAGAUUGAAACUUGUCAUGUAGCUGCUAUGGAAAAAUAUAAAGAAGGCCUAUACAACACCAAGCAGAUUUUGACUGACCUUGGUCUGCAACCAACAGAAGAUGACUGCAUAGCCGUGCAACAUGUCUGCACCAUUGUGUCCUUUCGAUCAGUCAAUCUGUGUGCCGCGGCCCUCGCUGCCAUUCUUACAAAGCUCCGAGAAAAUAAGAAGCUAGACAGAAUGAGGACCACAGUAGGAAUGGAUGGAACGGUUUACAAAACUCACCCACAGUACGCUAAACGGUUGCACAGAGUUGUUAGGAGGCUGGUACCAAAUUGUGAUGUGCGGUUUCUGCUGUCGGAAAGUGGAAGUGGCAAAGGAGCUGCUAUGGUGACCGCAGUAGCUUGUAGGCUUUUGUCUCAACGCAAGGAAAUUGAUGAGGUUCUGUCCUUACUGCGCCUUACUGACAAAAAGCUUGCGGACAUUAAAAUGAGAAUGAUGUUCGAACUAAAGAACGGGCUGAAGAAAGAAACUCAUGACUCUGCAACAGUGAAAAUGUUACCCACCUAUGUGUAUGGAACCCCUGAUGGAACAGAACACGGCAAGUUCUUGGCCCUGGAUCUUGGAGGAACCAACUUCAGAGUACUACUUGUCAAAAUCCGCAGCGGACGAAGGCGAUCAGUUCGCAUGUACAACAAGAUCUUUGCCAUUCCUCUAGAAAUUAUGCAAGGAACUGGUGAAGAGCUUUUUGAUCACAUUGUUGAGUGCAUAGCGGAUUUUCUAGACUACAUGGGAAUUAAAGGGGCUCCCCUACCAUUGGGAUUUACUUUUUCAUUCCCCUGCAAACAAGAUCGUAUCGAUAAGGGAACACUUGUUGGGUGGACAAAAGGCUUCAAGGCUACUGACUGUGAAGGCCAGGAUGUAGUAGAUAUGUUACGGGAAGCAAUUAAGAGAAGGAAUGAGUUUGACCUGGAUAUCGUAGCAAUAGUCAAUGAUACCGUUGGCACAAUGAUGACUUGUGGAUACGAAGACCCAAAUUGUGAGAUUGGUCUCAUUGCAGGAACGGGAAGUAAUGUUUGUUACAUGGAAGAAAUGAAGAACAUUGAGCUUGUGGAAGGAAUCGAAGGGAGAAUGUGUAUUAACACUGAAUGGGGAGGAUUUGGGGACAAUGGCUGUCUGUCUGAUGUUCAAACUAAAUAUGAUAUAGAUGUGGAUAAAAACUCCUUAAAUCCAGGAAAGCAAAGUUAUGAGAAGAUGACAAGCGGAAUGUACCUUGGAGAAAUUGUACGUCAGAUUUUGAUUGACUUAACAAAACGUGGCUUACUCUUCCGUGGACAAAUUUCAGAACGACUGAGAACAAAAGGAAUAUUUGAGACUAAAUUCUUGUCUCAAAUCGAAAGUGACCGUCUAGCUCUUCUUCAGGUCCGCAAGAUCCUCCAGCAGCUGGGAUUAGAUAGCACAUGUGAUGAUAGUAUAAUUGUGAAGGAGGUGUGUGGUGCGGUGUCCAGGAGGGCAGCCAAGCUGUGCGGAGCCGGGCUAGCAGCCAUUGUGGAUAAAAUCAGAGAAAAUCGGAAUCUGGACCACCUCAAUAUCACUAUUGGUGUUGACGGGACCUUGUACAAGCUGCACCCACAUUUUUCUGGGAUUCUACAGGAAACUGUGAAGCAGCUGUCUCCUGAAUGUGAUGUAACAUUUCUGCUGUCUGAAGAUGGCAGCGGUAAAGGAGCUGCACUGAUUACUGCGGUGGCAAAACGCUUUCAUGGUAAAGAGGAAGAAGAAAAGAAUUAGAAUUUCGAGGAUCAACGUUUUAGCAUUCAGUUCAAGGCAACUUACAUUUCCAGGCUGGAUUUACCAUAAGGCCGAAAUAAUAUCAUUUAUACCUUCUUGACCUAAUGUUUUCUAGAAAGGCUCAAUCCCAUUAAGCGUUGUGUCUCCUAGAACAUAAAAUGUUGUAAUACCAUUGUCCUGACCUGCCAUAAAGCAUAUUUGUACUAAAA